AUGGACAAGGAAAAGUUGCAUUUUCGACAUGUGAUGCUUUACGAGUUUCGGAAAGGAAUAACUGUUGGCGCUGCGACAAAAAAUAUUCAGGAGGUUUAUUUGAACCGUGCACCAGCACUUCGAACGGUGAAGAAGUGGUUUGCUAAAUUUCGUCGUGGUGAUUUUGACCUCGGAGACGAACCUCGUUCUGGGCGUCCUUCCGACAUCGAUGACGAUGUUCUGCGCGCAUUAAUAGCAAACAACACACGCAUUUCGACGGAAGAGAUUGCUGAGGUCUUAAACAUUGAUCGAUCAACCGUGUUUCGGCGUUUAAAGAAGAUGGGACUCACUUUAAAGCUCGACACUUGGAUACCGCAUUCGUUGUCCGAAAAAAACAAGUUGGACCGCAUCUCCACAGCCGUUUCUUUGCUCGGACGAUUGGAAAAAGAGGUUUUUUUGGAUCGUUUGGUGACUGGCGAGGAAAAAUGGGUGUUGUAUACCAACGUCAAACGCAAGCGUACUUGGAAGGAAGCAAAUAAACCGGCAGAUUCAAUUGCCAAAGCUGAGUUGCAUCCAAAGAAGGUCUUGCUCUCUGUUUGGUGGGAUUGCCAAGGUGUUAUAUAUUUUGAGCUGCUUCCUGUUGGUCAAACGAUUGAUUCAAUCAAGUACUGCCAACAACUAACCAAAUUAGACGCAGCAAUGAAAGAAAAACGCCCGAGCUUGGUUAAUCGUAAAGGCGUUAUUUUCCACCAUGACAACGCCAGACCACACACAUCGAAAAUGACUCUGGACAAAUUGAAACAAUUAAAAUGGGAAAUCUUAUUGCAUCCACCAUAUUCUCCGGACAUCGCACCCUCCGAUUACCAUUUGUUUCGGUCAUUACAAAACGAUUUAAAUGGCAAGAAUUUUGAUUCUGUGGAGGCUAUCAAAAAUCACAUCACCGCGUUCUUUGACGCAAAACCACGUGAUUUUUUCAAACGUGGUAUCCAUACAUUGGUUAAACGUUGGAAAAUGAUUGUCGAGAACGGUGGCGAAUAUAUUAUUGAUUAA